GGAUAAAAGAAAGUUAUAGAAGUUUUACAUAAUUCAGUUAAUAAUGUAUGUGAACACUUUUUUUUUAAAGAAAUAUGUAUUUAAAUAAAAAAUAAUUAAAAAUGUAUUACACACGAAAUGAAAAAAAAUUACAUGUUCUUAGUAAAGUUUCGUCGUUAAAAACAUUGUACUACUGGACAUACUAUAUGUGCAUGUACAAUUGUUUAAAAUAAGUAUAUCAGAAUAAGAGCUGUAAUAUAUUCCACUAAUAAUCACCUAAAGUAAUGAAUACUUUAUUCAAAUUGCGAUGAGUGCACGUCGAUUAUGAGUCAAUAAAAUACCGAUAUACACUAAUUGUUAAGAAUGUCAAGUGUCUAUAAAAUGAAUCCGAUUGUCAUUAUUAUUUACGACGAAGGAUAAUGUAGCGUAAUUAAUUUUAUGUUCCAUUUCUUAUCAAACAUUCAAGUUCUUUCAUUCACAAUGUUUUUAUUAGCUUUUUUCAAAUCGAAAAUAUUAUUAUUAAAUCAAAAUUUAUUCCGGCUGAUUCAGCUACUAGCUUACAUUAAUAUCAACUCUGUGUACUUCGAAAUUCGAAAUUCGAAAUCAUAAUGACAAUUUUUUCUAGUGAAGCUUUUGCAAAGUCAUUUUUAUCAAAAACAUUUGCGAGAUAAUUAUUUCAUAAAAAUAAUUUAUUAAAUACAAUAUUCCGCGAUGACCGUCACAAAUCGGAUGGAAAUCGACGCCGCUCUGAAAGGUGAAGGCUUCCGUUCUUAUUACAUUCAGAAGAUCGAAGAAUUGCAAUUAAUUGUUGCUGAAAAGAGUCAAAAUUUGCGACGUUUGCAAGCUCAGCGUAAUGAGCUCAAUGCAAAAGUACGUAUGCUACGUGAGGAGCUUCAGUUAUUACAAGAACAAGGCAGUUAUGUUGGUGAAGUCGUGAAACCAAUGGAUAAAAAGAAAGUGUUGGUAAAAGUACAUCCAGAGGGGAAAUUUGUAGUUGAUAUUGAUAAAAAUAUCGAUAUCAAUGAUGUUACUCCCAACUGCCGUGUAGCUCUUAGAAACGAAAGCUAUACUCUACAUAAAAUUCUUCCAAAUAAAGUUGAUCCAUUGGUAUCUCUUAUGAUGGUUGAAAAAGUCCCUGACUCUACCUAUGAAAUGGUUGGUGGAUUAGACAAGCAAAUUAAAGAAAUCAAGGAAGUCAUCGAAUUACCAGUAAAGCAUCCAGAGUUGUUCGACGCAUUAGGCAUAGCUCAGCCAAAGGGUGUACUUCUCUAUGGUCCACCUGGCACAGGGAAAACUCUUUUGGCCCGUGCAGUGGCUCAUCAUACUGAAUGUACAUUUAUCCGAGUAUCUGGGUCGGAAUUGGUACAAAAGUUUAUUGGUGAAGGUUCACGUAUGGUUCGUGAAUUGUUCGUAAUGGCACGUGAACACGCUCCUUCUAUUAUUUUUAUGGAUGAAAUUGAUUCCAUUGGUUCCUCAAGAAUCGAAUCGGGUUCUGGCGGUGACUCCGAAGUACAACGUACAAUGUUGGAGUUGCUUAAUCAAUUGGACGGUUUUGAAGCUACAAAGAACAUUAAAGUAAUCAUGGCAACGAAUCGCAUUGAUAUUCUAGAUCCAGCCCUUCUUCGACCAGGCCGUAUCGAUCGGAAAAUUGAAUUUCCUCCACCGAACGAGGAAGCCCGUCUAGAUAUUUUGAAAAUUCAUUCUAGAAAAAUGAACUUAACCAGGGGAAUAAAUUUACGCAAAAUAGCUGAAUUGAUGCCAGGAGCAUCGGGUGCUGAAGUGAAAGGUGUCUGUACAGAAGCGGGCAUGUAUGCCUUACGUGAACGACGUGUACAUGUCACACAAGAAGACUUUGAAAUGGCCGUAGCGAAAGUAAUGCAAAAGGAUUCCGAAAAAAAUAUGUCGAUUAAAAAGUUGUGGAAGUAAAAUGUUAAAAAACAAACAAAAUAAAUUUAAAAAUUGUAUUUCAAAUAUAGAAUUUAUAAAAAAGUCAAA